AUGUCUCUGAAUCUCGGUUCCGGCUGUCUGGGCAAUCUCACAUCUGACGAGGAGCAGAAGUUGCAGGCGUCAUGGGUCCACCUACUCCGUCUCUGUGGCAUUGAGAAGGCGAGCCUUCCACAGGCGACCCCAGAUCUUAGUGACACACUUUUGCCUCACCUCAAUGAUGCAUCCCCAGAGAGCUUUCGACGGAGCUUUUGGAGCUUCAUCCUAGCAGAACAUCCAGAUGCACUAGUUCUCCGCUUUUUACGAGCUCGCAAGUGGGAUGUUGAAAAAGCAAUGGUCAUGCUCGUCUCAGCUAUGGCCUGGCGCGAUGAGAGAAACAUCGAGGGGACAAUCAUUCACACUGGUGAGGAUGUUGCAUUUAAAGACCAUCCAUCGGCAGACGACAAAGCCUUCAUCGCACAGUACCAAUCUGGCAAAAGCUACGUCCGAGGCACUGACAAGGAGCAUCGACCCAUCUAUGUCAUCAGGGUUGCGCUGCACGACCCUCAACUGCAGUCAGCGGAGGCCAUGGAGUCAUAUAUCCUGCACAACAUUGAGAGCAUCCGGAUCCUUAUAAAGCCGCCAAACGAUAAGUGCUGUCUCAUCUUUGAUAUGACUGGAUUUGGCUUAAGAAACAUGGACUUUCACGUGGUCAAAUUCCUUGUAUCAGUCUUCGAGGCACGCUAUCCAGAAACUCUUGGAUUGGUGCUUAUCCACAGUGCACCAUUCGUCUUCUGGGGAAUCUGGAACAUCAUCAAGGGCUGGUUGGAUCCUGUCAUUGCGUCCAAGAUACAUUUCACCCGCAAGAAGACAGACUUAUUGCAAUUCGUUUCAGAGGAUAAUUUGCAAACUGGCUACGGAGGUACGGAUAGCUGGACAUACACUUACUCUGAGCCUGUGACAGGAGAGAAUGCGAGGUUGAAGGAAGAAGAGAAAAAGGCCAAGAUCCAGGAAGAGCGCAGUGAGCUCAUACGUGAAUUUGAACAGGAAACUGUCGGGUGGGUUUCCCCGCAGUGUCAGUCCUCCCCUGACAACAAGAACGAAUCAAGACGGGACCAGGUGACACGGCAGUUAGGCUUGAACUAUUGGAAGCUGGAUCCCUACAUUCGAGCAAGAACCUACUAUCAUCGAGUAGGUGUGGUGGAUGAUAAGGGUGAAGUAGACUUCAAGGCCGCUGGACAUGAGAAGUGA